UCUAAAGAUUCAGUUCACCUAAAAGAACUGGAAUGUGAGUGAUUCGUUCACUCUCGUUGACUGAAAAGAUGAGUUCCUUUUGAACGAAUCGUUCACUCAACACGAGAGGACUUGGAACCAAGUGACGGCCAAAAGUGAGACAUCGGGAGGGGGAACCCUCAAAAUACGACGGGACUCUUCCUCGACGUGAGCCAUGUUCAGGAGUACAAAACGGAGGACUAACCACUGGAGCAACAAAGUCCACGAAAGUGUUCUCGUCCGGGAUGCAGAGGGGCAGCUGGCUGCACUGGAACUAAGGGGCGGUGCUGAGCACGGACACUUUCCGCUUGUGGGUGAGCUUCUCCCGGGUGGAGCGGCGUGCCUCGGCGGCAGACUCCAUCCCGAGGAACUGCUGCUGCUGCUGCAGGUCAACGACACACCGGUGGCCGGGCUCACCAGCCGGGACGUGAUGGCGGUGCUGAGGCACAGCAAGGAGCCCGUCAGACUCAAGUGUGUCAAACAAAGCGGCGUGAUCAACAAGGACCUGUGCCGCUACCUCAACCUGCGCUUCCCGAAAGGCUCGGUGGACCACGAGCUGCAGCAGAUCAUCCGGGACAACCUCUACCUGCGCACCAUUCCCUGCACCACCAGGCAGCCCAAGGAAGGCGAGGUCCCCGGGGUGGACUAUCAUUUCCUAAGCGUCCAGCACUUUAUGGAAUUGGAGAAAAGCGGCGCCUUGCUUGAGAGCGGAAUCUAUGAAGAUAACUUUUACGGCACGCCCAAGCCUCCCGUCGAGCCCGCCGCUCCGGCGCUAAAUGUAACGGAGCGGCUGCUGCCGCCGCUGUCGCUACUACCGGGCGCCAGAACCAGCUCGGAGGGCAAACGCAAGCGCAACAAGUCGGUCAGCGACAUGGACAAGGCCAGCAUGGAGCCACCGGAGGAGGAAGAAGAGGAGAGGCCCCCCGCCGCCGCCGUCGUCAACGGCAUCGCCCCCGCGCCAGAGUCGAGCGAACACGAGGACAAAAACGGCCCGAGCGAGACGCCGCCCCCGCCGGGCGAGGCCUCGACCGAGGCGGACCCCGGCCGCUCCCCGAAAAGCGACGCCCUCCCCAAGAUGGAGGAGGACGACGAGCUGGGCCCGCUACCCGACAACUGGGAAAUGGCGUACACGGAGAAAGGGGAAGUCUACUUCAUCGACCACAACACCAAGACCACGUCGUGGUUGGACCCCCGACUCGCCAAGAAGGCCAAGCCGCCCGAGGAGUGCAAGGAGGACGAGCUUCCGUAUGGCUGGGAGAAAAUCGACGACCCCAUUUACGGCAGCUACUAUGUGGACCACAUAAACAGGAGGACCCAGUUUGAGAACCCGGUUCUGGAGGCCAAGAGGAGACUCCAGCAGGAGCAGCAGAUGCAAAGUCAGGGGCUCUCCUCGCUCCCGCUUCCCGCCAUCUACAGAGAGAAGCCGCUGUUCACCCGCGACCCCACGCAGCUGAAAGGCAGCUUCCUCUCCUCGGCGCUCCACAAGAGCAACAUGGGCUUCGGCUUCACCAUCAUCGGCGGCGACGAGCCCGACGAGUUCCUGCAGGUGAAGAGCGUCAUCCCCGACGGGCCGGCCGCCGCCGACGGCAAGAUGGCCACAGGCGACGUGAUCGUAUACAUCAACGACUUGUGCGUGCUGGGCACCACGCACGCCGACGUGGUCAAAUUGUUCCAGUCGGUUCCCAUCGGGCAGAGCGUGACCUUGGUGCUGUGCCGCGGCUACUCGCUGCCCUACGAGCCCGACGCCAACAACGCCGACGGCGCCGCCGCCGCCAUCAUCUCCCCGCUGGGCAUCAUGGAGCAGCGCCCCCUUAUGGUGAACGGUCGCCCCGGCUACGAUAACUACCUGGACUACAUGUCCCGCACGGCCCGCUUGGUCCCGGACGCGGGUCAGGACGCCCAGCCGGACGCCCAGCCCGACGGCCUCUCGGUGGCGUCUCAAGGCGAGUUGCUGACGCUGACCCUGGUGAAGGGCGCCGACGGCUUCGGCUUCACCAUCGCCGACGGCGCGGCGGGCCAGCGCGUCAAGCAGAUCCUGGAGCCGUCCGGGUGCCCGGGGGUCAACGAGGGCGACCUGAUCGUGGAGAUCAACAAGCAGGCGGUGCUGGGCUUCACGCACGCCCAAGUGGUGGACAUCCUCAAGGAGUGCGCCGUGGGCACCGAGACCUGCCUGGUGGUGCAGAGACCCGUCGUCACAGAAUCGGGAGCCCCGAGGACGACUUUCCCCGCGGACCCCUCGCCGGAGUACCAGGACAUGGAGGUGAACUUGCGGAGGCACAAGUCCGGCUUCGGCUUCAGGGUCCUGGGCGGGGACGAGGCGGGCCAGCCUGCGAGUCCGGAGACACGUGACAAGAUCGUAAUCGGCGCCAUCAUCGAGAAGAGCCCGGCGGACGUGGACGGGCGUCUGCGUCCCGGCGACGAGCUCCUCUUCGUGGACGGCAUCCCUGUGGUGGGCAAGCCGCAUCGCUACGUCAUCGACCUGAUGCACAGCGCCGCGCGCAACGGACAAGUCAACAUGGUCAUCAGGAGGCGGAGCCAGGCCGCAGGCGACUCGUGUCAGGAGAACGGGCGCCACUCGGGCUCCACGCAGCACAGCUCGCCGCGGAGCGACCUGACGGACGCCAACAGCGCCACCCAACCCAGCGACGUCCUCAUCCACCGGAAAGAAAGCGAAGGCUUCGGCUUCGUCAUCAUCAGCUCGCUCAACCGGCCCGAGGCGCCCGCCGCCAACCGUAAGGCGCUCAAAAGUAUCGGGACGCCGCCAGUCGCUGACCCUUUGCGUCCGACAGCGGUGCCGCACAAGAUCGGGCGGAUCAUCGAGGGCAGCCCGGCCGACCGCUGCGCCAAGAUGAAGGUGGGCGACCGCAUCCUGGCCGUCAACGGCCAGUCCAUCGUCAACAUGCCGCACGGCGACAUCGUCAAGCUCAUCAAGGACGCCGGCCUGAGCGUCACGCUGAGGAUCGUCCCGCAGGAAGCCGAGGCGAGCAACCCGCCGUCGGCGCCCGCCUCGGAGAAGCCGAGCCCCCUGGCGCAGCAGAGCCCCAAGACGCAGCCGCCCGCCGUCGGCCCGCAGCCCGACCCGGGUGCCGCCGAGUCGGCCCGGUCGGACGCCAAAACCCAGCGGAGCCCUGUCGGCGGCCAGCUGCCAGCACCCCCGACGCAGACCUAUCCACACGAGGGCAGUUACAGAUCGGAGGUGAAAGCCCGGCAGGACGUGAAACCGGACAUCCGCCAGCCGCCCUUCACCGACUACCGGCAGCCGCCCGUGGACUACCGGCACCCCCCGGUGGCCGACUACCGCCAGCCCCCCACGCUGGACUACCGCCACCCACCCCUCUUGGACUUCCGGCCGCAGUUUGCCGUGGCGGACUACCGCAUGCCGCCGGUGCAGCUGUCGCAGGACUUUGACUUCUUCACGGUGGAGCUGGAGAAGAGCGUCAAGGGUUUCGGCUUCAGCAUCCGCGGAGGUCGGGAGUACAAGAUGGACCUGUUUGUCCUCAGGCUGGCCGAGGACGGCCCGGCGCUACGCAACGGCAGGAUGCGGGUGGGCGACCAGAUCAUCGAGAUCAACGGCGACACCACGCGGGACAUGACCCACGGGCGCGCCAUCGAGCUGAUCAAGUCGGGCGGCAGGCGUGUGCGUCUCCUCUUGAAGCGGGGCACGGGACAGGUCCCCGACUACGACAAUGGCGCCUCUUGGGACGCUCGCCCUUCAGCCUCUCCAAGCCUGCCGGAAGUAACGGCGCCGCUCGAUAGACUUUCGGCGGCGAGCGUAGGGAGCGACGGCGGCCGGUCCGCCCGCGAGGAGCGCCGUGCCGCGCCGGGACGCGAGAGAAUUCCCGGAGGAAGCGGCUUUCUUGCCACUCCCGCCGUGCACGCGAACGGGACGAGCAGGCCGGGCCCGGAGCCCGGGCGGGAAUCGGCGGCGGGGAAGUCUGCCGUCUCUCCGGGGCCCUGGAAGAUCCCCGGAUCGGACAAGCUUCCCGGCGCCCUGCGAGCGGGAACUUGGACCAGCUAACGGCUCGACCCACCGAGGAAACCGAUCGACUGGUUUUAUUUAUUCGACUACGGACUAAAUUAUUGGACACCCUCCACCUUAAAAACUGGACGUUCAUCCACUUUUGUUUGGAGGAAUCAGCCGAAACUGAGAAGCAAUCAAAUGUAAGCAGAUUUUGAUACGACAAGCCGGACUCAACGGGGUCUCUUUUUCUCGGACUUUGCCUUAACCGGACUGCGCGGGCCCAACAGCAAUCACCGUGUAAAUAAAACGCAAGGCUGAGGAAUGACGCCGAGGAGGGCAUGGAGUGCCUUAGGAAGGAGCGAGGGGCGGAGCGUAGAUGUUUUUAACCAAGGCUGCUAGUUACCACGACGACCAUACAUGACGUAACUGUGAAUCUGAUUCUGUCGACAUCUCGUGCGCUUUUAUGUCCCGCCGGUCCUUAAGUGUGCCAAAAUGGCUUGGCUCGUGUGUCUUUUCGUACAAUCAAGUCUGUAGCGCUAACAGUGUUUGAAAGCAGAAGUCAUCUCGGUCGCCACGGUGACAAGGGACUGUCAAGCACAACUCGGAAGCAUCUUUUGUCUUUUUCAUCACUUCUGUUGGCCAACGAAAACCAAAACGUGAGUGCGUGCGUGCGUGCGUGUGCGUGUUGAUGACUCAGCUCAGAAUCACUGUGUAGUGUAAAACAGAAAAAAAAAAAAAAAAAAAAACGGCGGUCGCCAGACGUGUAGGUAUGCGGAGCAACUAUUUUUACGAAGAAAAAUGCAGCAGUACGAAAAUAUUAAUUUGUUUUUGUUCCCAGAAAUCUUGUAUGAUACUCUGAAGACUAAAAUAAAACGUUGACACAAUA